CAGCAGCCUCCCCCUUGAGCCCCCUCGCUUCCCGACGCUCCGUCCCCCCUGCCGCCUUCUCCCGCCGCCGCCUUCCGCAGGCCAUUUCCACCGAGGAAAAGGAAUCCUAUCGUAUGUCCGCUAUCCAGAACCUCCACUCUUUCGACCCCUUUGCUGAUGCAAGUAAGGGUGAUGAUCUGCUUCCUGCUGGCACUGAGGAUUAUAUCCAUAUAAGAAUUCAACAGAGAAACGGCAGGAAGACCCUUACCACUGUCCAAGGGAUCGCUGAUGAUUACGAUAAAAAGAAACUAGUGAAGGCGUUUAAGAAGAAAUUUGCCUGCAAUGGUACUGUAAUUGAGCAUCCAGAAUAUGGAGAAGUGAUUCAGCUACAGGGUGACCAGCGCAAGAACAUAUGCCAGUUCCUGGUAGAGAUUGGACUGGCUAAGGACGACCAGCUGAAGGUUCAUGGGUUUUAAGUGCUUUUGGCUCACUGAAGCUUAAGUGAGGAUUUCCUUGCAAUGAGUAGAAUUUCCCUUCUGUCCCUUGUCACAAGUUUAAAAACCUCACAGCUUGUAUAAUGUAACCACUUAGGGUCUGCUUUUAACCUGGACUAGUGUAACUCCUUCAUGCAAUAAACGGAAAAGAG